AUGGCUCUCCGUGGACGCUGGACGCGGUUCGGGACUCGGGACCAGGGUGACCGGACCCAGAGCCCUGCAGUUCGGACUCAACACCGGACGGGACGUCUCUGUGAACAUCCUACAAGGCGCUUGGGUUCUGAUAUGAACGGGAAGGUGAAAGCUGCUCCUGCUGCUGUGAAGAUCAGUUACUCCAAAAGUGCUAGUAUGGUGUCAGAUCUGUCUUCAGAAGCCCAAACUUGUUCUAGGAUGUUUCGUACUCCCAGAAAGGUAGCUGUAUUUGGGAAGCGCUCCCGCUCCAUGAGAAGGAAUCUCAAAGCAGAGAUUACCAAAAAGGGAUGGCUCUAUAAGCAGGCCAGCAGUGGAGUGAAACAGUGGAAUAAAAGGUGGUUUGUGCUCACUGACAGAUGUCUCUUCUACUACAAAGGUAUGAGCUUUGGGGUGUGGUCCGAGGAAGAGGAGGCUGAGGACGGCGAGUUGAAGGCUCCUGUUGUGUCUUGCAUGCAGGCAAAGCAGACCGGGACCAGGACAUACUACUUCAGCGCAGACAGCCAUGAGGAUCAGGAGGACUGGAUCAGAGCCAUGAGUGAGGCUGCAGAAGUCCCGGAUCAGCCGACAACACUGAGAAGAAGCCCAGAAACCACAGAUGAUGUCAAGAAUCAUCAGCUGACAGAGACGUCUGACUCUGAAUCCCAUCAGCCUUCUCUCAUGCAAACCCACAGCGAACCUCACAAUGACCUGCGCCCCCACCCCAACACGGACAGCUAUGACAACCCCCUACCAGAAUCCCCCUACACCCUCAGUACUGACCCGGAUGGAAAAAUAAAUGGCAGAAGACAAGGAAAAACUGAAAAACCAGGUGAUGAUGAAGGAGUCCCUCUUCAUCAUCACAACAACUGGGACAACAGUAACCACCCCAGCAGGAAGUCCCAGAACACCAGUAGCAAACCCAUCCCCUCCAGGAGUGGGCAUCCUGCCUCCCAGGGACACCCAGGGAAGGGUGUAGGCCCGGCCCAUGAGCCCAGGAUGCAGCAGGAGAACGUGGUGUUGAGGAGGGGCUUUGUGCCGAGGACAGCCCCAGAGAGGGCGGCGCAGAGGAAGAGCUCGAUGGCCCAGCUGCAGCAGUGGGUCAACCAGAGGCGGGGCAUGGCCUCUCAGGAGGACCUGAACAGUCCAUCUCAUUACUACCCAGUCAGUAGAGGGGUCUCAUCUGAGAACUACAGACACUCUCUUGGCUCCCAGUAUGCAGACAAGUACCCUCUUUAUCCCCCAGGAAUGAGACCAGACAGCAUCAGCUCUGUUUCUCCUGUGAUGGGGUACGAUCGACACUGGACUCUGGAGCGUCGUUCUCUGAGGGACGGACCACAGUUGCCCAGAGACUCGUGGGGGUCACAACAUUAUGGUGGAAUGGAACCAUCCAUGAGACGAUUGUCCAUCCAGCCUCGCUCCAGAUCUGUGCCCAGGUCUCCUUCAUUGUCGUCAGGGGGACCAUACUCCCCCAUUCCUCCCAGUUUUACCUCACCUGCUCGAACUCCUUCCAUGUACUUUGAUCGGUUCCCAGGAAGGACGAGAGAGGACAUGAUCUAUGCCAAUCCUUAUUCAUACGGUCUAAGAAAGUCCAUCAGUUCACCAAAGUACAUGUACCCCGGUGAACGAAGGUCAUUAAGUCAAGGCUUAUACCACCCCAGCUACCCUGUAUCCCCUUCCGUCCACGUUCCCACGGACAACUUUGAGGAUGAACUGGUGGCGAUCCAUCAGGAAAUGGAGAUUUAUCACAACCAGCCUUUAAUCAUGGACAAACUGCAGCUGAAGAAGGAAAGUCAGCAGAACCAGCUCAUCAACAUCAGAGGGGAGCUCUCCCAGGCCUCCAGUGCUUUGACCACCGUUCGGAUGGAGUUUGAAGCUUUAGAAGAUGAGGCCAGUGCCAUCCAUGAAGAUCUGUGGGAGCAGCUGAAUGCUGGAGGACAGAGUGAACUGGUUCAUAGACACAUCCAGAAGGAGUUUUGGAGAGUCCAGGAUACACUAGAGGGACUUCUCAAGAAUCAUUCAUCGCGAGGCACAGACACAGCCAAACACAGAGUGACCAGCGGUUCCUUUACCACCAACAGUCCAGCCAGUCCCCUGAGCUCUGUGAGCUUAACCAGCCCACUCAAACCCUACUCCCCAGUGUCGGGCUGUCAGCCGCCCUCCUGCAAACAGCAAGGCUCAGAGCCCCGCCUUCUCCCUCAUUGA